AUGGAUGUCAACCAUUUCUAUGGUACAAGAACGCGCACUCUUCAGGCCCUUGUACCAGAAAACCCCCAAGACUCUGAUGCUGAUCUCAGUGAUGCUGAUGAUCCAAUAGAGGAUCCGGAUUAUCACCCUGUCCGAGAAGAGGUAGCUAGUGACAGUUCUUUUGAGUCCCUGGAUGAAGAUGAUGCUCCCUCAACAAGCACAUCCUUUAAAAAGCUUCCAUGCCCACACAAUGGCACAAGAAGAAUCUGGAAGCAUGAAGACAUUGAGGAAUUCCAGGUCACAGAAUCAAGAUUUGAAACCCCUGUGGUUGUACAGUCACCCUUCCAAUACUUCAAAAUGUUCUUCACUGAUGAGAUGAUUCAGCAUGUUGCUCAUCAUACCAACCUGUACUCUGCCCAGGAGCUGGGGGAUCCAAUCAAGACCAGCCCAGAAGAGAUUGAAGAUUUUCUUUCCAUGCUACUCUUUAUGGGUGUUUUCAAAUUUCCAUCGCUGGAGGAUUACUGGCACAAUGAUUCACGCUUCAGUGUGAUAGCUGAUAUCAUGCCAAGGAAGAGAUUUCAGCUGUUACGCCGUUAUAUUCAUUUCAAUGACAAUCAGCAGUGCAGUGAGAAUCCAGAUCGAUUUUACAAAAUCCGUCCACUCUUUGACAUGCUUCGCAAGCAGUGUCUCCUGAUACCAUCUACUUACAAGCACAGUGUGGAUGAGGUCAUGAUAGGAUAUAAAGGUACAAGAGCUGGCUCCCUCUGCCAAUAUAUUGCCAAUAAACCAGACAAGUGGGGUUUUAAAGUCUUCUGCAGAGCCAGCUCAUCUGGCAUCAUCCAUGACCUGCUGAUGUAUCAAGGGGCAUCCACAUUCUUCAAUGUCACCCUCAGUGAGGAGGAGCAGAUGCUACCUAUAGGAGCCAAAGUGGUGACAACACUAUGCAAAACUAUACAACAACCACGUCUUUCUGUUGUCUUCUUUGACAACUUUUUAACAAGCUUUAAAUUGGUCCAGACCCUGCAAACCUCCUUGGGUGUCCAGUGCAUCGGCACCGUCCGACCAAACCGCACUGGUGGAGCUCCUUUGAUGACAGAUAAAGAGCUGAUUAAGAGAGGGCGUGGGUCUUAUGACUACAGGUCUGCUGAAGGGGUGAUUGCAGUAAAAUGGUUUGACAACAAAUGUGUCAACCUUUUGAGCAAUGCUAGUGGGAUCAUGCCUCUUUCAGCUGUCGAACGGUGGUGCAAAGUGUCCAAGGAAAAGAUCACUGUCCCAUGUCCAUCACUCAUCCCUGCUUACAAUGAGCAUAUGGGUGGGAUUAAUCUUUCUGACAUGCUGGUACACUUGUACAGGACCCCAGCCAAGUCAAGGAGAUGGUACAUUCCCCUCUUUAGAUACAUCCUUGAUCUGUCCAUUGCAAACUCCUGGCUGGUCUACAAGAGGGAAUGUGGCCUACUAAAUGAGAAAGCAAUGCCUCUCAAAUGGUUCCGCCUGGCAGUUGCCCAUAGUUUGAACCAGGUCAACAAGCCUGCAUCAAAAGUUGGUCGACCAUCAUCCAGCUCUCCACCACCAAAGAAACACUACACCCCAAGACCCUCACUCCCAAAACCGCAACCAGAUGUGCGAUAUGACAGCUUGGGACAUUGGCCACUACACUAUGACAAGCGGGGGCGGUGCAACUACUGUCCGAAGGGUACUAGCUCAUACGUCUUUAAUGCGGCCGCUUUAACGGUAGCAUAA